AUGCCCUUCUCCGUCCUCUCCAACUUCCAGAACACCAUCAACGGCCAGCCCUCCUCCACCCCGGAGACACGCCACGGCAUCAACCCUGCCACCGGCGAGGCAAACCCCGACGUCCCCGUCUCCACGCAAGACGACGUCGACAGGGCCGUCAAAGCCGGACAAGAGGCGUUCAAAACCUGGUCUACAACGCCCUUUGAGGAGCGAGCAACGGCUCUCCGCGCCUACGCAGACGCCAUCGAGGAACACGCGGGUGAUUUCGCGAAGUUGCUUGUGCAGGAGCAGGGGAAGCCCAUGCAAUUCGCAACCCACGAAGCACACACCUCCGUAUCCAUAAUCCGCACGCAGACCGAGAUCGCAGCCGACCUAAAAGACGAGAUCAUCGAGGACAGCGCACACAAGCGCAUCAUCGUCCGCCACACCCCCAUCGGCGUCGCCGUCGGCAUCAUCCCCUGGAACUUCCCGCACGCGCUAACGGUCAUCAAACUUGCGCCUGCGCUGCUAACGGGGAACGUGAUCAUCAUCAAGCCGAGCCCGUUCACGCCGUACUGCGCGCUGAAGCUGGUGGAGCUGGCGCAGAGAUUCUUCCCGCCGGGUGUGGUGCAGGCUCUUUCGGGCGAUGACCGCUUGGGGCCGUGGUUGACGGGGCAUCCGGGGAUUGGGAAGAUUAGUUUUACGGGGAGUUCGGCGACGGGGAAGAAGGUUAUGGAGAGUGCGAGUCGGACGUUGAAGAGGGUUACGCUGGAGCUGUACGUUCUUCUGCUGUUUAGUUGGAUUGUGCUGAUCAAAGCCUCCCGACGCAGGGGUGGAAAAGACGCCGCCAUCGUCUGCAAGGACGUCGAUGUCGAGAAAGUCGCGGCGGAGGUCGUCUCCAAAGGCCUCUUCAACAGCGGGCAAGUCUGCCUGGCCGUCAAACGCAUCUACGUGCACGCCUCCAUCUACGAGUCCUUCCUGUCCGCCGCCGUCUGCUACGCCAAAACCGUCCCCGUCGGCCCAGGCACCCAGGACGGAAUCUUCAUGGGCCCGCUCCAAAACGCCAUGCAGUACGAGAAGGUCAAGUCGUUCAUCGCCGACCUCGCCCCAGAACAGCUCCGCCUCUCCCACGGCACCGCCCAGCCCUUCGACGACAAAGGCGGCUUCUUCAUAAAGCCUACCAUCAUCGACCGUCCCGAUGAACGCAGCCGCAUCGUCACGGACGAGCAGUUCGGGCCUAUAUUACCCUUGCUCAGCUGGAGCGACGAAGAAGACGUGAUCACGCGCGCGAAUGCCUCGAAUCUCGGCCUGGGCGCGAGCGUCUGGUCCGAUGAUUUGGAGGAAGCGAGUCGGAUUGCGAAGAGGUUGCAGGCAGGCAGCGUAUGGGUGAACACGCACUUUGAGAAUGACCCGCGCGCGCCGUCUGGGGGGCACAAGGAGAGUGGGAUUGGGACGGAGAACGGGCUGCAUGGGCUGAGGGAGUGGUGUAAUUUGCAGACGUUGUAUUUGAGGAAGUGA